AUGGUUAAAUUAAAGCAAACAAGCAAAAGGCAAACAUUAAAGCAGAAAUAUUCGAUUAUAAAAAAAGUAGCUGCUCAUAAGAAAAAGUUAAAAAAAAUAAUAAAAAAAACAAAUAUUCAUAAUAGAAGGGCAACAAAAAAUUCUUUAAAAAUACCUGAGUGUAUAUUUAAGAAAAGUAUUUUAAAAAAUAUCAAAACCAUUGCAGAAAGUAAAAAAAAUAAAAAUUUUGAGAAAUGUACAGAAAUUAAAAUUGAUGAUAUUAAUGAAUCUACAGUAAGAAAUGUCAAAUAUUUAUUAAAUAAUAAUUCAUCAAAGGAUAAUUUAGAUGAUACCAUUUCAGAAGUAUAUUUAGAAAAUAUAAAUUUUAACGAUUAUGUUCAAUUAGAUUUUAAUAUAAAAAUGAAGAUAUUUGAGAAAGUGAAAAAUGAAAAUUACUCUAAAUUAAACGAUAAAUAUUUAUUUAUUGAUAGCCUAAUAGAAGUAAUAAAAAAUAGUGAUGCCAUUUUUUAUAUUGUAGAUAUAAGAAAUCCUUUAUUAUAUUUAGAUAAAGAUAUAAUUGAUUUUAUUAAAUUAUGUAAAAAAGAAAUUAUUAUAAUUUUAAAUAAAUGCGAUUUAGUAGAUUCUGGUAUAAUACAACAAUGGCUUACUUAUUUUCGUAAUUAUUUUAUAACUCUACCUUUUAUAUGCUUUAUUAAGAAGAUUCCUAGCUAUUUGAAUAAAAACAAAUUGCCUGAAAAGUUAUAUGAUCACUUUAUAAAUAAAAGUUAUGUAAAAUAUAUUAAAAAUAUUUUCAAAAAUACAAAAAUCACAUAUGGUAUUAUAGGACACAUUUAUACAGGAAGAAAUAGCUUUAUUCAUACUUUGUUAAAUGAAAUGAAUUAUAAUAAUAAAAUACAACGAGCAGACAUUAAAAUUGAUGAAAAUAUUAAUAUAUAUGGCAAAUAUGGAUUAAUUUUAAAAAAAAAUUUGACGGGAAUAGAAUUGGUUAAAAAACUGCAUUCAUUAGAUAAAAAAGAAGUUACAACACUUUUAGAUGAAUUUUUAUCUUGUUUAAGUGGGAAGAAUUUAAUAAAAUUGUUGAGAAUUUUAAAGGAAGAUCAUAUUAUUGAUAAAUACCAGUUACAUUUUUCGGCUAACGAUGACAAAUUAGAAAAGAAAGAAAAAAAAAGGAAAAUAAUUCAUUUCUUUUUAUAUGAAAAUGGGGAAAAUAACAUUAAUGUUAAUAAUAUGAAAAAGUUAUAUAAUAAAUUAUUUUUAAAUAAAAUACUAUAUUACAUAAUCCCAAAAAGCAAAAUAACAUAUUUUAAUGAAAACCCCGAUUUUUUAAAAGAUUUUGCUAAUUUGAAUGAUAAUGUUUAUCAUAAAAUUGAUGAAUUUAUACUUUCUCAAAAAAAAAAAUAUAGUAAUUACAUUAUAAUUAAAAGUGAUAAGUUUAAUUUUUAUACUUAG